AUGGCGAGGAAGAGCAAGGGUAGGCAAAAGGUGGAGAUGGUCAAGAUGGCCAAUGAGAGCAACCUCCAAGUGACCUUCUCAAAGCGCAGGUCUGGUCUCUUCAAGAAGGCCAGUGAGCUUUGCACUUUGUGUGGUGCUGAGGUGGCCAUCAUCGUCUUCUCCCCGGGGCGAAAGGUCUUUUCCUUCGGUCACCCCUGCGUGGAGACUCUCAUUGAUCGGUACCUUUCUCGAAACCCGCCUCAUCACCAUCACCACCAAAACUCCGGCACAAUGCAGCUCAUUGAGGCUCACCGCAAUGCCAAUGUGCGUGAGCUCAACGGCGAGUUGACUCAGAUCUCGAAUCAACUCGAGGUUGAGAAGAAGCGUGGGGAUGAGCUGAACCAGGUGAAGAAGGUGACUCAGGCUCAAUGCUGGUGGGAGGGGCCAUUGGAAGGGAUGGAGAUGUCACAGCUGGAGCAGCUCAAGACCUCUCUUGAGGAGCUGAAGAAGAAUGUGGCCAGACAGGCUGAUAGGGUUUUGAUUCAAAACACAAACCCUAGCCAAUUCUUUGUGGGGAGUAGUUCCAGUCAUCCCAAUGUUGGGUUCAAUGGAAAUCAUGUUAUGCCUCCUCAUCUUCCCCCCCAUGCAUGGAAUCCUGGAUAUGGACGCUUCUUCUGA